UGUCACUCUGCCUCAUUGCUUUCCGGUACCUCGGUGGGCGCUCCAUCCCAGUCAUCACAGACUCUCUGAAAGCGCCGUUGAUACUCGCGCAACCAGUUGCUGUAGAGAGGCCUUGAUUCACUGCAGUUUUUGGUGAAGCAAGACCGGAGUAGCAACAAUGGCGCAAAUACACGAUCAGUCCCGCAAUGACGCCCUCCAACGAUUGAACCAGACCCUCCUCCAGAUCGACCCGUACAUUCUCCCACCUUAUCCAAACCUUUCAAUAGUAUCUGGGCCGCUCGAUCCUCCUCUCCUGCAAUUGACAAUUUCGCAACUUCUAUCCCAACAGGCCGGACGCUAUGCAGAUAACGAGGCUAUCAUAAUACCAUGGACUGGAGCGCGUUGGACAUAUAAGAAGUUAUGGGACGAGUCGAGCAUGCUUGCGAGAGCGUUGCUCAAGUAUGGUGUUCGCCCAAGAGAUAGAAUAGGAAUCAUGAGUGGAAACUGUGAGAAGUAUAUCGCUGUCUUCUUCGCAUGCGCACGGCUUGGUGCGAUAUGCGUCACACUCAACAACACAUACACACCAACGGAGAUGGAAUACGCACUCAAGCACACAAGAUGUAGCGUACUGUUCACCACACCGACAAUUUCACGCUUCAAUAACCAGCCACUACUCGAACGAUUGAAAGACGAAGAACUACACAAAGUGCUGCCAAACCUGAAGACUGUCUGUCUCAUACGCGGCGAUGACGAUAGCUUCAUCAGGUAUGACGAGUUACUUCAGGAGGGAGAGAGUAUACCAGAGCACAUCUUGGAGAUCUACGACGGAAUAGUCAGUCCGCACGACGUCGCCAAUCUUCAGUUUACAAGUGGUAGUACAGGCAAUCCUAAAGCUGCUAUGUUGACACACCACAAUCUUGUCAACAACUCUCGCUUCAUCGGAGAUCGUAUGGACUUUACAGAGAAGGAUAUUCUUUGCUGUCCACCACCACUAUUCCACUGCUUCGGGCUCACGCUCGGCUUGCUCGCAACUCUGACACACGGCGGCAAGAUCGUGUUCCCCGAGGAGUCUUUCGACCCGGUUGCAUGUUCAAAGGCUAUCUUUGACGAGCAGUGCACUGCCCUUCAUGGCGUGCCAGCUAUGAUGGAAUCUAUAAUCGAUGUGCCCAAGCCGGUAGGAUGGUCUUCAAAACUCCGUACUGGCAUCGUAGCCGGAAGUCCCGUACCUCGUUGGCUGAUGGAGCGCAUGGUCAACGAGCUUGGCAUGACGGACUUCACAUCGAGCUAUGGUCUGACUGAAGCUUCGCCCACUGUCUUCAACGCGCACACGACAGACUCUUUACACGCACGACUUACUAGUGUCGGCACUGUUUUGCCUCAUGCUCGGGUAAAGAUCGUGGAUCACCAGGAUAGGGUCCUUCCCAUUGGCUACAGAGGUGAGCUUUGUAUAUCAGGAUAUCAGCUCUGCAGAGGUUACUGGGAGAACCCAGAGAAGACAGCAGAGCUGCUGGUCAGAGACGAACACGGCGAGAUGUGGCUUCAUACCGGCGAUGAAGCAGUUCUGGAUGUUGAUGGGUACUGUACCAUCACAGGCCGUUUCAAGGACAUCAUCAUCCGAGGUGGUGAGAACAUCUACCCGCUCGAGAUCGAAGAGCGUCUGGUCCAGCAUUCAUCUGUUGCCCGUGCCAUCGUCGUCGGUGUAUCACACCCACGUUACGUGGAGGUACCGACGGCCUUUCUUCUGCAUGAAGAAGGUACAGAUAAGCCUACGCUUAAGGAGGUUCAGGAGUGGGUAAGGCAAGUGCUAGGCAGACACAAGGCGCCUGUUCACAUCUUCUGGCUCGGCAAGGACUGCGACGGCGAGGUACCCUUGACGGGCAGUGGGAAGAUCAAAAAGUUUGUGCUGAGAGAUGUGGCUGAGGGUAUUCUCGCUAAGAAAUGAGCGUUGUCUGCUUUUCAUUCUUGUAUGUUUGCAUUUGAGGGCGU